UGCAACCUUUGCCCAGCAAGUGUCUUUAUUAUUGCAAAACAGGCGGAAGAGGGAGAUAAACACAUAAAUCAGGUCUUGGAAACACCAGUAGCUACUGGCAGCUGUUGUAUUCUCUACAGGUCUAGCCUUGGGACAGAGCGAUGGGUCUGCGGAGCAGCAGCGUCUUUGUGGGGGUUUUCCUCUGUGAGCUUUUCAUGGGAAACAUGAGGUCUGCAGCUGUCUCUGGUAACGGUACAUUUAUUAGAGGAGUAACAAUGGAUCCGCCAGACAGUAACGGCACCAAAAGUGGACUGGGGGACGCCCAGGAUGAGGGUCCAGCACCGCUGCAGUGGACCUAUCUGGCCGCAGGGCUGGGCACGGUCCUCGCCAUCUCCCUCCUCGUCGUCAUGACGGUCAAGUUUCGUGUUUUCAACCGCUUCCUGGCGAGCUACAGACACUCGCUGCUGGAGGAGACCGACGGGGUCAGCCAGUACGGCCAGGACGACGGCUCCUUCCCCAGCGUGUCGGGCCAACUGGGAGUCGUCAGGGGGUCGACUCACUUAGGGCUGGAUGAGGACGAUGAUGGCUUCAUCGAGGAUAACUACAUCCAGACCAGUGAGAAAGAGAGGGCAGAGAGAGAAAGCCAGGAUGGCGAGGAUGUAGAAGACAGCGAUGAUGAUCUUCAGUUCACCAUAGGGUGAAGAUUUUUGUGAGGAGAGAAAAUUCAAAGAAAAAAAAACCUCUACAAAAAGAUUUUUUCCACUUACAACCUUUAUGAAAAGUCCAAAAAAUAAUUUAGUCUGCCACUGAUCAGAUUUGUCUUUUUCUUUACCCUCUAAUGUUUGAUUUUGCAGAAUGUGCAUUUUUCUUUUGGCCCUUAAAGGCCCCUCGUCCCUCGCAGUUGGCACAUGAUAACCGGAAGAAAGUUUCUUAAAACAUCAUCAAUAAAAAGUAUAGCGUAUCUGAACACUGAAUGACGGACAGAAAAACCUCAUUUCCUGGAACGGGCCAUACCUUUUUAUGAUACUGGCUCUUAGACAGUUAACCAGCAUGACUAAGGACUAAGGUAUCUUAUAAACGUAUAAAAAUGCUGGACUUGUUGAUGCUCCUUUUACUUACAGUGAUUCUUUAUUCUUUGAUGAAAGCUCAACGUUUUCCUUUGUUACUUCCAUUUAAAGAGGAAAUUUGCAAUAUUUCUCUGGACAUUAGUGUCCUGUCUUUAUAUCAUACUGUAUGUGGAAGAAAAUAUAUAACAGAAAUAUGCUCAUUUUGGUCAUGUGUGUGGUGUAUUUACGUUGUAGUUGCCGGGUAAGUGAUUAUACUGUCGGUGAAUGAAAAACAUGUAACAAUGGGCCACCCCGGCCUCUGAAAUGAUCUUUUUAAAACAUACUUCAUGAAUAAAGUUAUUUUUAUUGAAAUCA